GAAACAAAUCUCGAUUGGUAGCACAAGGUUACUGUCAGGAAGAGGGAAUAGACUUUGAGGAAACCUUUGCCCCUGUUGCAAGGUUAGAAGCAAUUCAUAUGCUUUGUGCCUUUGCCAGUUCUAAAGGAUUUAAAUUGUUCCAAAUGGAUGUAAAAAGCGCCUUUUUAAAUGGAGAUUUAAAAGAAGAAGUAUAUGUAUCUCAACCUCCAGGUUUUGAAAACCACAAUUAUCCUAAUCAUGUAUAUAAACUAAAGAAAGCUUUAUAUGGGUUAAAACAGGCUCCCAGAGCAUGGUAUGACAAACUCAGCUCAUUUCUUAUAGAAAAUAGAUUUAGAAGAGGCAAGGUAGACAAGACCCUGUUCAUUAAACAAGAAAAGGAACAUAUUAUGCUAGUACAAGUGUAUGUGGAUGACAUCAUCUUUGGGUCUACAAGUGAAAAACUCUGCAAAGAUUUUGAAAUAAAAGUGAAGAGUGCCUUUGAGAUGAGUCUAAUGGGAGAAUUAAACUUCUUUUUAGGACUUCAGAUAAAACAAACUCAUACUGGAACAUUUAUUUGUCAAACCAAAUAUCUUCACAACAUGUUAAAACGUUUUGAUUUUGGUAAUUUAAAACCAGCUAUAACCCCCAUGGCAGCUAAUACUAAAUUAACCAAGGAUGAUACAGGAAUACCAGUAAAUAAAAAAAUGUUCAGAGGAAUGAUAGGGUCCCUGUUGUACCUGACUGCCAGUCGUCCAGACAUCAUGUAUAGUGUCUGUGUGUGUGCUCGGUUCCAGAGUUCACCUAAACAGAGUCAUUUAAGUGUUGUCAAAAGAAUUUUCAGAUAUCUAUGUGGAUGUCCUGAACUUGGUCUAUGGUACUCACAUGACUCUAGCCUAGAACUCUUAGGAUAUUCGGAUGCUGAUUAUGCAGGAUGUGUCUUAGAUCGAAAAAGUACCUCAGGAACAUGUCAGUUCCUGGGCACUUCCUUGGUAUCCUGGUUUAGUAAGAAUCAAAACGCAGUUGCCUUGUCAACAGCAGAAGCUGAGUACAUUGCAGCAGGUUGCUGCUGUACUCAGAUUCUCUGGAUGAAACAUCAACUUCAGGAUUAUGGUUUGUGUCCUAGAUCAGUUCAUGUGCUAUGUGAUAACACAAGCUCAAUAAAUAUGACAAAAAAUCCAGUACAACAUUCACGAACUAAACACAUUGACAUUCGUUAUCACUUUAUUCGUGAAUUGGUAGAGGAAGGUCAAAUAGGAUUAGAAUUUGUUCCAACCUCAUGUCAGUGGGCUGAUAUUUUCACAAAGCCUUUGGGCUCGGAAUCCUUCAUUCAUAUACGUCGAGAGCUAGGGUUAUUCACCCUAAAUGACAUAGCCAACAUGUCACCGUUGUUCAAGGAAUCUUCUAAUUGAUUUGAGUUACCUAUUCUACUUAAGUUUCCAAAGGUCUGGUGAAUCUCCAGAUCCUUCCUAAAAUAUGUUUUGAGCUACCUUUUCUAAUCGUAAUAAUUCUUGAAAUCUUUUUUCUUUCGAAGCAAGCCUCCUUACAUUCCUUACUCUUAUAUCACAUUCCUUAAAUAAAAUUCCUUCUUCACCUUAAAAGGGAGUCAAGGUCAAGAUUCUCAUCUCACCUCACACAAAUUACCAUCUCACCUUCUCAAAGACCUCAUGGCUGCCUCAAACAAUCACGUAGCAUCCCUGCGUCUGGCUCAAGCUGCCAUUUUCAAUGGCAAAGGGUUUGAGGAUGCAGCAGGAUAUGCUCGCUAUCUUCAGCAUUUUCAGGAUCGCUCUUUGCAUCCUUCCAUCACUCUUUAUCCUUCCCGGUUCAACAGAUAUGGAAUGGAUAUUCCUCGCUUGCUCAACUCUGUCGGAUGGGGGGAUAUUCUUCCAAAUCGAAACUAUGGGUUUCGUCCUGAGGCAGUUCGGAUGUUCUACUCUAACAUGAAGCCUUGUCUCCAUGUUUCUCCCCCAUGCUUCACUACGAUAGUGUACAAUUACUUGAUCACUAUCAAUGUGGAACUGUUGUCACUUUUGCUUGGCAUACCCAUCGCUGGAGCAGAAGUCAUGAAUGAGCUGGACUUUCACUCUGUUGAAUUUAAUGAGGGAGAUGCUCUGCGUCUGUAUACGCGUGACACAGGUCGUUACUACCCCUCGGAAUUUCAUGCUGGUAGACUUCCAGAUGACCUCAAAGUCUUGCAUUUCUACAUCACCCGAUGCUUUCUGCCUAGAUCUUUUGGGCUCAAUACUAUCUAUCCAUCCGAUCUAUGGAUUCUUGCUAGUGCCAAGGAGAAUCGGGUCAUCAGUUACCCACAUCUAAUGUUUGAUCACAUGCUAAACUAUCAUGCUGAUAACUAUACUGCCGAGCUCCCUUUUGCUCCCCAAAUCACUCAGAUUCUACUGGCUUUAGGAUUAGAUCUCCGCUUUAAGGUAGCUCGUGUUGAUAUGCUGAGCUCUCUUCGUGCUCAGUUUGUCCUACGAAAGGAUGGACUUCGUCUGUCUGAGCUCGGUGGGGAUGAAGCUGAGGAAGAACCAGAAAUGGCAGAUAUGGUUACCAUAGCCAGAGACAAUGGAAAGCGACCAAUGGUGGAUCCUUUGGAAGCGGUUCAAGCUAUGUUCAGGCAGGAGGAAGCAAGUAGCAGCAAUAGAAAUCUGAUGGUGGAGGAUGAAGAGGCCAUAUCAGAUUAUGUGCCAUCUCCUAGGUUCACCUUUUAAAGGGAACACUAAGUUUAGGGGGAGUCGAGUUUAGGGGGAGUCAAGAAACUGAUCCCUGUAGGGAUUACGUUGGGUAGGUUAAGUGUCUUAGGGGUUGCAGUAUCAAUCUUGAAUAAUGCUCUGUCUGAGCUCAUGUCAUUUUAGUUUUAAAUUUGGGUCUGAUUGUUCUUGAGUGACAUAGUCAGGAGUUUAAUAAAAUGGUGCUCUUUCAAGUUAUUAUCAAGGUUGAACUACUUAAGUUUUUUUUUAGAACAGUCUGCACGCAACAGUUUGUUGAAGUGUGUGCAGGAACUCCACAUGCAGCUGGGAGGAUCAUUGACUGGCUUAGGGGGAGAUUGUUGGCAAGUAAGCCAGCCACUUACCUCAAAAUCAAGAUAUCGUGGAGAAGCUACAUGUGGAAAGAAUCAUCUACGUAAGGAAAGCAGAUUUGAAUAAAUUGGAAGGCUUUAUUAUACGAAGCAUUUGAGGAAGGAAUUCAAAGAAGAAGACCUACCUUCUUGGUGAACAACGGCUAGCUGUAUGAAGUACAAAUAAGCUCGAUCAAGGACUAACACAAAGUACUUCACCAGAGAUCAAUACACACGGGAGAGGCUAAGGAAAUUGCAAGUGUGUUUGACAGUGAAGAGAUAGCGCUGACAUUGAUUCUGGAGUGAAACAGUGUUAGAGAGGAAGAGUGUUGGACAACACGGAAGCUGGAUAGCUUGGGUAGUGUGAGUUAGUUCGUAGAAGAUAGAAUAACCACCCUGGAUUGGACUGGUUAAUCUCGUGAGUGUAAAGUCAUCAUCGAACCAAGAAGCAUCAUACCUAGUGAAUCGUUGGGAAUCACAAAUCGUGAUCUUCCAACCGUGGAAUAGUCAGUAUUGGGUUAUUCAUUCGCCCAAUACUGGAAACCACGUAAAAAAUUGAGUCUGUGUUCUUCAAUUCUGCACAUCAGUAUAUGCUUUUGUGGUUGUACUCUGUUUUUGCUCGGGUCAAACUCUGUUUUGCAGGAUUCAGUAUAUAACCUACACAGGGGAUCAGCUCGGAGGAAAGGAAGAAGAAGCUGGGAGUGAAGUAAAGUCAAAGCGCAGCGUUUUUAGUCUGUUUAGUAAGUGGACAGGCCAGGUAACAAGAGUGGGCCUGUCGAACCGAGCCCAAUUUAAAAGUUCCACACUUUAGAACAACUCCAAACAUUCAUUCUACUGCCUAUCGAACAGGUUUCGAUCAAAUUCAUUUCUCCUCCUUCUCACUUGAUUUUUCCAAAAAGGCAGAUUAGGGUUUUUCAGGAACAAAGUUCAGCACAGAAAGGAAACAGGCUUCUCGCGCUCGAAGCUUUCAACACUUCUUAUGUGCUUUCUGAAUUACUUAUGAAGUUCUAUUAGAAUAAUAAAUGUUAUGAUCUUCA